AUGAAUUUCGAGAUUCCGCCGGGAUUGACUGAGCUCUUACAGGAGUUUACUGUGGCCGCGUUAAGAAACCGCCCUCCGGAUUUGGAAGAAUUCGCUGCCCGAUAUUUUCAAGCUUUAUACGAGAAGAAAAAGGGACCAGGCAAAAGUGGUGCCGGUGCGCUGAAAUUUCAGAACGAUUCGGAUAUACGUACAAAGAAUUCUGUUGACGAUGAUGACGAUGAACCGAUGCCGGAUCUGGCUCCACCUUCAAGAGAUAGAAGAAAAUCAGUGUCUGCUGAACGUUAUGACCCGGAAGCCGAUGACGAUAAUGACCACACAAAGGUUGUGUACCCCAAGUCUGACGAUCAGCGGAAACGGUUGAACGACGCUGUCAAAAACAUUCUGCUGUUCCGGUCCCUUGACCAGGAGCAACUGCAGGAAGUUCUCGACGCCAUGUUUGAGAAAGAGGUGACACCCGGACAGGAGGUUAUCACACAGGGAGAUGACGGCGACAACUUUUACGUCAUUGACAA